GAUCCUAUAGGGUUUUGCAAAAAUGGAUUCAUUGGAUUCUUGGCUGGAUAAAUUGGAGACUGAGCAUAAGAAUAAUGGCAGAGUGAACAAUAUAACGACAUUGGAAUGUCGCCUCAAGGCUUUGUUCAAUAAUGUAUUAGAUCAUCCUACAAUGAAUAAAGUUGUUUGUGUAACCUCCGGAGGUACUAUAGCGCCUUUAGAAGAAAAUAUGGUGAGAUUUAUCGAUAAUUUUAGUACAGGUGUAAGAGGUGCACUGUCUGCUGAACAAUUUUUACGUUCCAACUACGCUGUGGUCUACUUUCAUCGUAGAGGAUCUUUACUACCUUACGUACAUCGUGUCAAUCAGAAGCUGCAGCAACAACAACAACCGCAACUUCAGCAUGAAUUAAAUAAUCAAAAGGACUUUACAAUAUUCAACUGGUUCACAAUAAACUCACAAAACAAUAAAUUACAAGUUACAGAAAGUGCUUCACAACAUCUUAUUCCUAUAAUAAAUGAAUUCAAUAUGUAUAGUCAGUAUCUGCUAACAACAGAAUUUGAAACUGUAGAAGAAUACUUAAUUGGUCUACGAUGGAUAGCUAGACAAUUGGCCACCUUUACAAAGAAUAGUAUAACUCAGAAAAGAGUCUAUCUAUGUUUUUAUUUAUCUGCUGCUGUUUCUGAUUACUAUCUUCCCAAUGAAGAUCGUCCAGAGCACAAAAUACAGACACAAUCAGCAUUAAAUACAACUGCCAAUGAUGAGGAUAAUCAAGACAAGUCAAUGACAGUAGCAGAAAACUUGAAGUUAACAUUACAACCAGUACCAAAAGUUAUGAAGUUAAUAAAUACAAUAUGGGCACCUGAAUCAUACGUGAUUAGCUUUAAACUUGAGACAGAUCAUCAGAAAUUAUUGUCAAAAGCAAAGCAGUCACUAAGAAUCAAUCAAUCCAAUGUCAUUGUCGCUAAUCUCUUGCAUACAAGAUCAAAAGAAGUUUGGUUGGUGUUCAAACAGAACGGUGGACAGGAUACAACUUUUGAACACAUAAAUAUGGGAAGUAUUGGAGAUAAACAAGAAAACUGGACAACAACAAGGGGAAUUGAGUCCGUUUUAGUACCUCGACUUAUAAACCUACACGAACAAACAGUUCUACAACUAUAAAAAUUUACGUAGACUCUUAUUGUAUUUUAAGCUUUUAAAAUAAAAGAAUGUAUUUAGUACUGGAACCCCGUCAAACUUUUUCAAACUGAA